GACGCUCUGACGCUGUCCUCAUCGCCCUCAUCGUCUCCCACACAGACCAGCCCUUCCCCAUCGACCCUCGCAGUAUGUGCCCUGCCUCCACAUCCCCCGUACUCAUCCCAGGCGUUGUGCCGGCGCGACGCAACUGGUUGCAUGCUAUGUCGCGGGAGCUAUUCAGCCACAUUACCUCGGUCCAGGAGCAAGAAGAACUCGUAUUCUCCAUGCUGGCGUUGCUGCCAAGAGCUAGUGUCGCAGCGCUGCAGAACCGAAUGUCUACGCUGCUACAGUUCGACGUCCUCGGGAUGCUACCCGACGAAGUAGCCGUGCAUAUCCUCUCCUUCCUCCCGCCAGAGGUACUGUCUACAUGCUCGCUCGUUUCGCAAAGAUGGCGGGCUUUGUCCGACGAUCAGCUCCUUUGGAAGAGUCUAUGCGCAGCGCAUGAUUGGCGAUGGCGCAAGCCGACUACCACGUCGAACGGCGACCCCACCCCUGAGUAUCCAAUACCCCAGAACGAGGAUGACGAAGGUAUGGGCGAUGAGGGUAUGGGUGACGAGGAAGAGGACGUGGUGCAGGGCAUGCUCCUAGACGACUCCGGAUACACCUCCAUGGACAUGGACGCCUUGUUUGCUGCAUCUUCGAGCACACCCAUCCCAUCUCCGACAAGGACGAGGUCCGGUCCCUCUUCGCCAUCUCGUUCCGCGCGGUCCUCAUUCGCAAGAUCACCCCGGAAUCCAUCGACGCCCGACUACAAACUACUCUAUCAGGCGCAUUCGCGCAUCCGUCACCGCAUCAUGAACGGCUCCUACCGACUCUACAACUUGCAAACGCCUGGGAAGCCCAACAACCAUACGAAUGCCAUCUACUGCCUCCAGUUGUACACGUACCCAGACACCGGCGUCCAGGUGCUCUUCACUGGCUCGAAAGACAAGAGCGUGCGGGAGUGGAACCUCGCUACGGGCGAGGUGACGCGCGUGAUCGAGGGCAUUCACGACAGCAGUAUCCUCAGCAUAUGUGUGCACAACGGGCUGCUCGCGAGCGGCGGCAGCGACCACAACGUGGCGAUCUGGGAUCUGGUCAAGAACCGGCUGCUGAAGGUCAUACAUGACCAUGAUGACAGCGUGCUCUGCGUGAGGUUCGACGACAAGAAACUCGUUACCUGCUCGAAGGAUCGGACCGUCCGCACAUACACAUUGCCCACGUUUGAGCCGAAGCAUGUUCUUGCGCAACACCGCGCGGCCGUGAAUGCGGUGGCGAUCUCGCCGAUCCACAUUGUGUCCGCAUCCGGAGACCGCUCGGUGCGUCUCUGGGACGCCGAGACUGGCGCACUGCUGAAGACGUUCGAGAACCACCACUGGCGAGGCAUCGCCGCGAUUGACUUCAAAUACCCCUUCGUCCUCACCGGGUCGUCCGACAAGCACCUCCGCCUGCUCGACCUGCGGACGUCGAAGGGCUGGACGACCGCGCCCGUGUACAAGUCGCAUGCGCCGACGGCAGCGGCGCAGGGCACCGAGAUCUGCCAGGUGUGCGGGAACAACGCGCGCCUCGUCCAGAUCCGCCCGCCCGUGCGUGAGCACGAGGAGCUCGUGCGGAGUGUGGCUCUUAGCCACGAGCUCGCGGUGAGCGGGAGCUAUGACUUCACGGUAAAGGUCUGGGAUCGCGAGACGGGCGCGCCGAUGGCAGACCUGGUUGGAGGACAUACUGGGCGCAUAUUCUGCGUCGGUUCUGAUGCGACGAAGGUUGUGUCAUGCGGCGAGGAUCAGAAGAUCUGCAUAUGGGACUUUGCGCACGGGAUGGACACGUCGUUCGUCUCGCUUGUAUCCAUUGACGGUAGCGGCAUUAGUGGCAUUACCAAAUGGGGUCGGGUAUGCGACGAUGUCCGGCUAUCUCGCUCACCACAGGUUUAACGUCCUGAUCGCGGGGUCACCGGUCACUUCGCGAAGCGUACGGAAUCGCUGCGGUUCAAUGUGCUCUAUUGGACGUCGCGCGACACAGCAUGCGUGUUGUUGGUUCCGAGUUGGAUCUGCGAGUAUCAUUACUCCUGGAGCCAGUCUAUUCGUGAGAGAACCGGCCGUGGCUCCGCGUACAUUCGUCAGGUGUGUUCAAUCUUGGGGUGUACGGCGCAAUGAGACAUCCGAUGAGGUAAGUUCUAGAUGUCACUGCAUACGCGUUCGCUCUGCUCGUGAAGGUGGCGAACUCGGAGCUCUACGUGGACCUAGUCGUUUUCAGUUAGUACACACCCAGUGCAGAGUGUACUUACUCGUUUUCGGCGGAGGAUCAUACCCCGAUCCGAUAUCAGGCAUAACAUCACCCGGCUUACU